CGCGGCCCCGGCGCGGAUGCUCCUGCAACAGGCGCCGUGCUCGCUGAGCAGCGGGCGGCCCCCCGCCGGCACCAUGCACACCCUCCAGAAGGAUACCACGUUCACCAAGAUCUUCGUCGGGGGGCUGCCCUACCACACCACUGACUCCUCCUUAAGGAAGUACUUCGAGGGCUUCGGGGACAUCGAGGAGGCUGUGGUCAUCACCGACCGCCAGACGGGCAAAUCCCGGGGCUAUGGCUUUGUUACAAUGGCAGACCGGGCUGCAGCAGAGAGAGCUUGUAAAGACCCCAACCCCAUCAUAGAUGGCCGGAAAGCAAAUGUUAAUUUGGCGUACCUGGGAGCCAAGCCAAGGAGUAUUCACACCGGUUUUACAGUUGGUGUUCAGCAGUUGCACCCUGCUUUUAUCCAGAGGUCUUAUGGGCUCACCCCACACUAUAUUUACCCGCAAGCGAUUGUCCAGCCCAGCGUGGUGAUCCCCGCUCCUGUCCAGUCGAUUGCGUCCCCGUACAUAGACUACGCUACAGCAAGCCAGGCCUAUACCCAGUAUACCACAGCUGCCUAUGACCAGUACCCUUACGCCUCCUCUCCUGCUGCUGGUUUCGUGGGAUACGGCUACACCAGCGCUGUGCAGGCUCCACUCGCUGCCACCAACCCAGCCGCCACCACCACCUUUGUGCAGUAUCAGCCCCCACAGCUGCAGCCUGACCGGAUGCAGUGAGGAGACCUGAGGAAGGACAGUCUGACCUCUGGAGGAUACAGCCAGACGCUCCAAUAGUGAUGAUACAAAAUAAAACCAAAACACAAAAAAACCAGCAAAAAACAUAACAAACAAACAAAAAAACCAACCUACCAGAAAAUAGACAAAUACCCCACCAGAAAAACUUUUUAGGUGCAUAUGAAUACCUAAGCUAUUUAUAUAGUAUUAAGGGUAGGCAAAAACCCUUUCAAAUCUUUACUUUGUUCAUGGAAGAAGAGAGAGUUCUGGUUUUUUUUUUUUUUUUUUUUUGUUAAUCAGCACAAGUGAUGUCUUGAUGAUGGCCUAAUAAUGAUGGGAAAAUCUAAUUGAAAACCAUACAAUUACUUGCACAAUUUCGUGGUCUGCUUCCAAUAUGUCUCAUCUUCCAACAUCUUUCUUCUCUCUUCCUUCCCACCACUCCUGACAUGUCCACGUGCAAGCCUGCUCUUUACCAUGAGGUACAAAAAGAUACUUGGCCAAACAAUGCAACAAUCUUCUCUCUUCCCCGCCCCCCUUUCUGGUUGUACAAAAACUUUGUAAUAAUACUCAGAUGCCUUACUGAAAAAAAAAAAGAACUAUUUUUUGAAUAUUUAUUGCGAUUUUAUUCGCAUGAGCUGUGAAUUGCAGACAGAAGGUUGGUAAUAAGUAUCUGCCUGGUUUAAUUCUCAUUUACUAAAUUAUUGUAUGUAGGUAAGUUUCUAAGAAAAUGACUGAAUCAUUUCAACAUACAAAAGGGAAUAUUGUCCUCAGUGGAAAGUAAAAUAUUCCUACAGUCAACAAUGCACUGUAAUAUUUUUCUUAUUUUAAUUGUUACACUGUUCAGAUCUCAAAAUUUAAGUAUGUUUUUUAAAUGGGAAAAAAAUGCUACUUGCUCCUCCCUUAUCACCCCAGGAAUACAGAACAUAUUGUAUACUUUAGAAGCUCUCUUGUUAUUGCUGCAACCUAUGGAGAGAAAAUGAUGACAGUAUUUAUGUAAAAUAAAGGAAGUCUGCAGGAUGGGAGCCAGCAGAACCAGGGAGAAUGCCAGGAACUGAUCAAUGGUGUUAACCUAUCGGAACAAAAGGAAAAAGGACAUUUUAUGCCUGUGGUACGACAGCUGUCUAAAUAAAGAAAACAGUCUAUAUAAGUUAAGUGGAUUUUUACCAAGAAAGCAAUAAACUGUUUAAGAUUGUUCUUC